AUGAAGCAAUCACUAUUGGUUCGAUCCUUUAGACUUCUGGCGCUUGUCUGCCUCAUCACGCCGAACUCGGCUGCCAUAUUUGGUAUUCGAAAGAAUGAGAACCUUUUAAGUAGGAUUCAUUCGCUCCGAGGUGGUGCUGACGACAAGAUCAGCGGUCCUUGCAUUGGCAUUGAUCUGGGAACUACCUACUCUUGUGUCGCCGUUUGGAGAAACAACCGAGUGGAUGUCUGUCCCAACGAACAAGGAAACCGAAUCACACCUUCUUAUGUUGCCUUUUUGAAGGAUGGAACACGAUUGGUUGGAGACGCUGCUAAGAAUCAAGCCUCCCAGAACCCUGCUGGCACUUUCUUUGAUGUCAAACGACUGAUUGGUCGUAACUACAACGAUCAAACCGUGCAAAUGGAUAAGAAACUCUUUCCAUACGCCAUUGUAGAUGACAAGCACGGCAAGCCAAUUGUUGAACUCGAAAAACCAUUGGCCUCCAAACACAUUAAGAGUCAGUUCACUCCAGAAGAAAUAAGUGGAAUGAUCCUUCGGAAAAUGAAAGAAACGGCCGAAGCAUAUCUUGGUGAAGAAGUCAAACAUGCCGUAGUCACUGUUCCAGCUUACUUUACUGAUGCCCAACGUCAAGCCACCAAGGAUGCUGGAACCAUUGCUGGACUCAAGGUGGAACGGGUAAUCAAUGAACCUACCGCCGCUGCCAUUGCAUAUGGACUUGACAAACAAGACCGAGAAGAGAAUAUUCUUGUCUUUGACUUGGGUGGGGGUACCUUUGAUGUAACACUCCUUUCCAUUGACAAUGGAGUGUUUGAAGUUCGGGCUACUUCUGGAAACACCCAUUUGGGAGGAGAAGAUUUUGACCAACGGCUCAUGGAAUUCUGUAUAAGUCAAUUCAAAAGACGAUCCAACAUUGAUAUCAAGGACGAUAAGCGGGCAAUGCAAAGAUUGCGCAAACAAUGUGAAACUGCAAAGCGAACCCUUUCGACACAAACUUCGGCUACCAUUGAUUGCGAGGCACUGGCACAGGGUGAAGAUUUCAGCGGUACAAUUUCCAGAGCUAAGUUUGAAGAACUCAACUUGGAUCUUUUCAAAAAGACCAUGGCUCCAGUAACACAAGUGCUAAAGGAUGCUCAAAUGAGCAAGGCGGAUGUGGACCAAGUCAUUCUGGUUGGAGGCUCGACAAGAAUCCCAAAAAUUCAACAACUCUUGUCGGAUUUCUUUGGUGGAAAGACGCUCAACAAGAGCAUCAACCCUGAUGAAGCAGUGGCAUAUGGAGCUGCGGUGCAGGGUGGAAUUUUGUCGGGUGAUGCCGCCGAAGCUACUAAAGACGUCUUGCUCUUGGAUGUUGCACCUCUAUCCCUUGGUAUUGAAACUGCUGGGGGUGUCAUGACGGCUUUGAUCACGCGCGGGACUACGAUUCCCGUCAAGAAGUCCCAAGUCUUUUCUACCUACGCGGACAACCAACCAGGUGUCAAUAUUCAAGUUUUUGAGGGGGAACGAAGCAUGACAAAGUCUAACCGUCUUCUCGGACAAUUUGAAUUGGCCGGGAUUCCUCCCGCACCUCGUGGGGUACCACAAAUUGAAGUCAGCUUUGACGUGGAUGCCAAUGGUAUCUUAAGCAUUUCAGCCCAUGAUAAGGGCACUGGAAAGCAAGAAUCAUUGACAAUCACAAGCGAAAAGGGGCGUCUCUCGGACGAAGAAAUCGAUCAAAUGGUUCACGAAGCAGAAGAAUUUGCUGAGCAAGAUGCCAACGAAAAGGCCAAGGUGCAAGCUCGAAACGACUUGGAAGCAUACUUGUACAAUCUGAAGAACUCAAUCAACGACACUCUUGCUGGCAAACUGAAUGGAGAUGAAAAGACUGCUUUGACAACUGCAAUUGACGACGCGUUGGUAUGGAUAGAGGAUAACCCUGCCGCAGACAAAAAAAAUUACGAUGACAAACAGAAGGAGGUUGAGCAAAUUGCUAAUCCCAUUUUGAAAAGGGCCUAUGAGAGUGCGUCAGCCGAAAACUCCGAAAUGGAUGACGACUUUCUUGAAGAAGACCUAGAUGGUGUUGACGAUGGCCCAACGGUCGAAGAAAUGGAUUGA